GACUUGAGUUCAACAAGUUCCAGUUGCAGAUCCAGUCAUCGUCCAAUAUGUUUACGCUGCAAUGGCAUUUAUUUAUAACUAAUUGCUGAGCUCCACGAUGGCUGCCGCCCAGUUGGAGGAACACGCUGCUCAUGCGGCUCCCCAUGCCGAUAGAAAUCCGAGCAGCGACUGGCGACAGUGGUGUCGCCUUUGCGCCAAGGACGACAUGCAAGGCAACAUGAAUGUGUUCCUUAAGAACGAAGAUUCCGGCGAGGCAUCCUCUAUGGAACUGGCCACUGCCAUUGGCAAGUACUUUUGGGUGAAUAUAACUCGAGGCGAAGAGUUGCCGGAGACGAUAUGCAGUGAGUGCCUGUCGCUGGUCACCUCGCUGGUGAAUUUCUCAAAACGGAUUACCCGCGUCCAGAAGCUUUACUGCAUCCUGCAAAGCACGCCCAGUCACGAUAGCCCGAAUCUCCACGAACUCCGGUCUAAAUUUGGAUUGGUCGAAGAGGAGACGCUGACUGAGGUUCACUAUGUGGAUAAAAAGCCGAAGUUGGAUGAACAGCUUGAAUUUCUGCCAGAGGAGUCGGCUUACGAGCUGGAAAACCCACUAACGCCAGAGGAAAAGCAGGAAAAUAUAGAUCAGGAACAGAUCCUGCCGACAGAGGAGCAAGAACAGGAGGAACCAGAUGAGCGGGAUGCCGACUACGAAGCGGAUGAAGAUGGCGUACUAAUGAACCUGUGUGAUGUCUAUGGAAUUCAGGAGGAUGGAAAGGAUGCAGCAGACUCCGAAAAAAGACACCAGUGCAGUGAGUGUUUGCGAAGCUACGCCACGUCUAAAACCCUGAAGCGUCACUUGCGACAGGAUCAUGGUCAGACUGAGCCCUCAACCGAGCAGCUGCAAUGCCCGGAUUGCCUCAAGAAGUUUCGCCUACACUACCAGCUUGAAAGGCACAUGAAAUGGCAUGUGCCGCUGCCUAAUCGGAAGCAGUACGCCUGCACUAGCUGCGACAAAAAAUUUGCCACCAGUGCAUCAGCCCAGCAGCACGAACAGUACAUGCACCUGGAUGAGCGGCCGAGGCCGGUGAUUUGCGAACAAUGCGGCGUGGGUGUGCACUCGAUGAGCGCCCUCAAGGAGCAUGUUCUGAAGCACACAGACUAUGCCCCUUUUGAGUGCGAGGUGUGCAAGAAGUGCUUUAAGUCGGCCAAUCGUCUAAAACACCACAAAGAGACGCAUGAUCCGCACAAGUACAUCUGCCCAGAGUGCGGCAUGCAGCUAAAUUCGCGGACCACUUUAAAUCGUCACCGGCUGGUGCACACGGAUCAGAUGCAGCAUAAGUGCGACUAUUGCGGCCGUGAGUUCAAGCGGGCCAAGGCGCUGAAGAAUCACCUCAUCCUGCAUACAGGACUCAAGCCGUACUCCUGCGACUUUUGUGACCGCACCUUUGCCAACGGCUCUAAUUGCCGCACGCACAAGAAAAAGUCGCAUCCCGACGAACUGGCUGCCCAGGAGGCAGCGGGAGGCGGAAAGUCACACAACAGAAAUAUACCCAAGCUGGAGGCACUCAAGGCGUUCACCAAAAACAAGGACAACCUGUCGCCGGUGGCCACCAAACAGAGCGGCUGCUUUGCUUUCGGGAAAAAAUCAAGGGCAACUAUCAAAGAUAAUCCAGCUUUUAAACCCGCCUCCACCCAAGAUGCUCAGCCUGAACUAGCGCCUGAUCCCAGAGGGGAAAACGUCGCCCAACCCGAUCCCCCAGCUGCGGCUAUACCCACGUUAGAUAAUAUUUAUAACCAUAUCAUGAUUGACUAUCGCUGAUCCUCUCGAGUUACGGAGUAUCCCAACCAUGAGUGUUAUUGGCGAAAAUGCGCAAGUUUUGUUUCCAAAUUCGUAUUCGUGAAACCUGUUUAAAGAUAUAGUUAAUUGUUUUGGAAACUACGAAAGACGUAGGCUGACCUAAUUAUUACUUUAUCCUAUCUGAUAUUGUAAUUAGAAAGGGAGCUUCUACGAGAAAUUAAAUAUUUUGCUUAUGAGCAAUUAAA